AGCUCUGCUGCCUCCGAUACCAGCUAGUGAUAGCAGUCAGACUGAGGCAGAGAACUAGGAAACGGGGCCGCUAACUAACUAACGAUACAGUGAUAAACAAGGGGAGGCGACGGACAAGGACAGCCAGAGUGUUACUGGUACACGGAGCACCUGAGUUGCCGUUUACUGUCUUGAUUUAUCGGGAGGAACUCGUGAAAACGCCGUUCACAAGGUGGACAGUCCGCUGCCUGGUUGCUCGUGGUAACGCUCCGCCAUGCCUUUCCCCUUUGGCAAGUCCCACAAGUCACCGGCGGACAUCGUCAAGAACCUUAAGGACAGCAUGACAGUGCUUGAGAAGCACGACAUUUCAGACAAAAAGGCAGAGAAGGCUACAGAGGAGGUGUCAAAAAGCCUGGUGGCCAUGAAGGAGAUCCUGUAUGGGACUAAUGAGAAAGAGCCCCAAACAGAAGCAGUAGCCCAGCUCGCCCAGGAGCUCUACAACAGCGGCCUGCUCAGCACCCUGAUAGCCGAUCUGCAGCUCAUCGACUUUGAGGGUAAGAAAGAUGUGGCUCAGAUCUUCAACAACAUCCUGAGGCGUCAGAUCGGCACACGGACACCCACAGUGGAAUACCUGUGCACGCAGCAGAAUAUACUCUUCAUGUUGCUUAAAGGGUACGAGUCUCCAGAGAUCGCCCUAAACUGCGGUAUCAUGUUGAGGGAGUGCAUCAGACACGAACCACUGGCCAAAAUCACGCUGUGGUCGGAGCAGUUUUACGACUUCUUCAGAUACGUGGAGAUGUCCACGUUCGACAUUGCCUCAGAUGCAUUCGCCACUUUCAAAGACCUCCUUACAAGACACAAGCUACUGAGUGCAGAGUUCCUGGAGCAACAUUAUGACAGAUUCUUUAGUGAAUACGAGAAACUACUCCACUCAGAAAACUACGUGACUAAAAGGCAGUCUCUCAAGUUACUGGGGGAGUUGCUUCUUGACCGGCACAAUUUCACCAUAAUGACAAAAUACAUCAGCAAACCAGAGAAUCUUAAACUUAUGAUGAAUCUACUAAGGGACAAGAGCCGCAACAUCCAGUUUGAGGCUUUCCAUGUUUUUAAGGUGUUUGUGGCCAAUCCAAACAAGACGCAGCCCAUCCUGGACAUCCUGCUGAAGAACCAGACCAAACUCAUUGAGUUUCUCAGCAAGUUCCAGAACGACAGAACAGAGGACGAACAGUUCAACGACGAAAAGACUUACCUGGUCAAACAGAUCAGGGACCUCAAGAGGCCUGCCCCCCAGGAGGCCUGAGGACAGGUGCAGGGGUGGGGUGGGGGUGGGGAGCCACUAGGACCACGUCUGGACAACAGCCAGACAAUAUCUGCUUAACGGACCCAUCAGCAGCUACAGCUCUGGUUUCUGAACAAAAAUUGAGGAAACAUGAGAAAACUAACUUACCCAUCUUCAACUUAUCCACUCAUCAGGAAGUCGCCAGCUCCUCUGCUCCUCCCCGAACUUUUAUUUUUAGUCUUUUUCCUUCAAAAGAACAAAAGCAACAAGAGAAAAUAAUAGAUGCUGCUGCUUCCUUGCACAUUGAGACAGUAAGAGUCCAUCACAAAGACAACAGUCCAUCAAAGUGACAGAAAAUGUCAAUCAGCUAAAGCAAGGCAGACUUCCUCAUAAACAAACAACAAAAUCAAACAAGUUUACACACGUCUCACAAAAAAACAUGCAUUCACACAUACUGAAACAAUAUCAGCUAAAUCCUUGAGAUGGAAAUGGUACGAGCAAGUUGGUGUGUUUGUUGCAUGCCUUGAAAUGUGACAGAUCCACAGGUGAACCCAGCAUCGGCUCUGUGGUGGCCUGCCCGGUCCGGCUCCCACAUUCAGUGCCACGGACUCGGAAAUGCACGUGCAUCACAACUAUACAGUUCCUAUCUAUGCCUUCAUCCAAAAAAAAAAAAAAAAAAGACGGGUUCAAUUCUUAAUUGGUUUUGGACGAGCUCUCAGAUGCCAUCACUUGGAAACAUUGACCUCCUGUGUGCUUUGUUACGACGCAGCACUUGAAGCACUUGAGGAAAGGAGGGAGGGGAUGUAAGGUAUGAAUUUAGUAAAAGCCCUAUCUGGGUCACUUUAUUGUUUUUUUGUUUUGGGACAGGGUUAACAUGUACAUAUGCCUUUUUUUGCUUUGUAGAUUUUUGUUUAACCUUGACAUAUGAAUAUAUAUAUAUUAUAUAUAUAUUACCUUAAACAUCAAGUUUUUGGUUAAUUGUAAUCAAAUUACUUUCUAAACCAUAAAAGAAACAAGCUAAGUGAUUUCGUUUUUGCAUUUCAUUUUACUGCUGAAAUGGUUGCUGGUGGAUUUCUUUGUACAUAACUUAGGGCCAGCUCACGUUUAGCUAACCUUUAAGAUAUUAACAAUUUGUACAGCGGAGGAAUGUCAUGGUAUUAGCUCUGGAUCUGUUAACCUUCUUUAUCCUUCUCUCCAUUUACAUUUUGAACCUGCAGGAGUGUGAGCAUUAGAGAAGAGGGAGGGGGGUGUUAGGAGAGCGUUAACUGAAAAUAAAUCCUGUGUUUGUGCACUUUUUGAGGUGCCGAGUGAUCACCUAACUGGAGGCGAGGGUAACAGGGAUUCCCAGCCCUCGUCAGUAUCAUUAACUUGUUUUGUUUUUCAUUCUCACGUCUUUGCGAGCGGCAAAGGAGUGCUGUGUGGAUGAAGGGUGAAUUCAUAAAGACACUCUUAACUCCCCCCUUUCUCCUCAUGUUUGAGCCUUUCUCUUCAUAGGAUUAUAAUUCCAGUACAAUUGAGCGUAAAGCAUUGUGGGUAGCAGAGUAAUUCAGGCAUGUUGGACUGUCCUCAUGGUGCUGAACUAGACUGAUAAAACCACAGAUGAGUUCAUUUACAGUGGUCUCAUUCAUACAAACCUCCAAAGAGGCACAUAAGGAACUAGGUCAGUGCAGACAGCAGCACUGCUCAGAACGUCUUCAGUUCCUCCAUCAUACACAUUGAACAUGCAUGUUCCUCCACUGGCUGUGCAUGAUGCUGUACUAAAGAUGUUGUACUGGAAUUGUUUCUUUUUUCCAAUAUUUAACAACAUUGAAAUGUCAAAUUGAUCUCUUGGCUGUGUGCUGACUGGCUCCAGUUUCAGCAUAGAGCGUGUGGGUGCUUUCAGAAGUGUCAAAGGCCUGGGCCCUACAACUGAAAUAAAGAAAAAAAAAAACAUUUGGAAUAAAAUAAAGCUGUGGUUGUUUUUUUCAUGUGGACACAAAAUUACCCUUUUACAGUAGACUGUAUCAUUAACAUUUAUUUUGCAGAUUAUUUUCUUUACAAGUGUGAAUAUUACAGCCAUUUUGUACUCAAAAUGAUGGUACUUUUUGGAACCUGUUCCCACACAGUACUUUACAAACUAUUUCCCACUGAGAUAAGCAAAGGUGUGCUCCAUCUUAGAUUUGAGCAAUGAUUAUCUUUUACUGUAAACCUAAAUGCCCCAAAUUAUCACAUCAAAAAUGCACAUUAUUUAUUGAUUUCAGUUUCAAAAUGUGAGCCCCCACCUCUGAGAGUGGUGUGAGCCUUUAGUUUUGCAAUUUUAAUGCCCUGGGUGGGCCCAUUGAGUCUGAAUUUAGGACACUAAUGUGUGUGUGUUAGAUUUGUCAAAUGAUUAAAAAAAUAUUAUUUCAUAUAAUUUUUUAUUUAUUUUUGCAUUUUGAAAUUCUACUAUUUUGCACUUUUGUGACAUUUUGGGUGUUUGUACAGUCUUAAACUAACAGUAAUUAACUUUCUUUAUGGAUAUAGACGUGUUUUUAUUUUGAAAGAAAAUAAGGAAGCAGAGUACUGAAAGACUACUAAACUUAACCAUGGAAAAAGAAACUUGUAAUGGGUUGAAAAAUAAAUAAGGGAACAGUAAAAGAAAGGCAAAUGUUUGAUAGCACAAGGUUCUAAUGAUUUCUGAAUUGUCCGGCUUAACCAGAGUGUACUGAAAGGGCCAAUAGAGCAAGCAAAUACUGUGAUUUUAAAAAGUUCACGCACCACUAAUGGACCUUAAAUGCAACCAAAAUGACGCAUUAAUGCUGACAGCCCUACUGAGUAUGUAUAGCCACGGUACAACCUGCAACAAACUUUGUAAGGCGGCUCCAAAGCUGAUAGGAGUGAAGCCAAGGAGAUGAAUGUGUGUCAGGAAGCUAACCCUAAUGCUACUGAUCCAGUGUGCAUGUGUUGAUAUUACUAAAUGACAUCUGGGUAGUGCUGUUUGGCUUUGAGUGGCCUAGCUCUUCCAGUUGCAGGCCUGUCAACACAUAUCAGUAUACGCUAAGCAUACAGUUGAAACCAGAAGUUUACAUACACUAUAUAAAAAAGCACAUAAACUU